AUGCUGAUGCAACGACUCUACUCUAGCGUCGCCAAAGCGGCCACACUUGCAAAAGAAAAGCGCAACAUCACAGCAAACUACCGAACGUUGCGAUCGCAUUACGACGCACCCAAAUAUCCGCUCGUGCUAUGCCAUGGCUUUUCAGGAUUCGAUAAACUCACGUUACUAAGAAAGCCCCAGCUCCUCGUGAAAGAGGCGGCCGAUCAAGCACAAAAGGCCGUCGUCCACUCCCAAAAAAGGCCAAGUCGCAGACAACAGAACCGGCUGUUUUUGGAAGUUGAGUACUGGAACGGCAUCAAGGGCGCCUUGGAGCAAUUGGGGUCCACCGUGUUUAUAGCGAGAGUGCCUGCGUUUGGAGAUAUCAAGAGUCGAGCUCAGAGUCUAGACCAGUACAUCACUGCGCAAUGCCAGAUUCUCCGUGACCUGGAAUCGCACGCUGAGGUAUACAACACCACCUCCACCCCGGAUCAAGAGCAACGAUCGCGGACGUUCAAGCAAAGAUGCGAGCCCAUCAGCAUCAACCUCAUCAGCCAUUCCAUGGGCGGGCUCGAUUGCCGAUACCUCAUAUCGCAAAUCCACAAUAAUACCACGAGCGAGAUCUACAAGAUUGCCUCCUUGACCACGAUCUCGACGCCGCACCACGGGUCGGAAGUCGCAGACUUUGUCGUGGAUAUAAUCAAGCGCGUGCCGAUCUUAAAGCACAUAUGCCCCAGCUCGGUCAACGAGAUGACGACGUGGAAGAUGAGGGAGUUCAACGAACGUAUCAAGGAUGAUCCGAGCGUCAAGUACUUUUCCUUUGGGGCCAAGUUCGUCCCUAAAUGGUUCAACAACUACUUCAUCACCUGGCUCAUCAUGAAGCGCGAGAUUGAGAAAAAUGCCACCACUUCAAAGGGGAUGAGCGCUGCAGAGGUGGCGAAUAGCGACUUGGUUGAUAAUGAUGGAUUGGUCAGUGUCGAGAGUUCCAAGUGGGGCCAAUAUGUCGGCACGUUGGACCAGGUCGACCACACUGAUCUCAUCAACUGGAUGAAUAAAGUACGAUUGGGCUUUGACAAGAUCAUGUGGGCGCGUGAUCCGCCGUUCAAUGCCAUUGCGUUAUAUCUAGACAUUGCAAAUGAACUUUCACAUAGAGGCCUAUAA